AUGACGAAUACCCCGAUGAGGUUGAUGAGCCUUCAGCUGCGUGAACUGAUCCUUCAGCUUCCUAAAGAACACACGAACCACAUAUUGGUGACUAUGGCGAGCAAGAUGCCAUCACACGAACAACAUAUUGGUGACUAUGGCGAGCAAGAUGCCGUUCUCCUGAAGAAGAGAUCACCAGUGCAUCCGAGGACGGUGCACGGUCAGGAGAGGCCGUAUAAGCAUGUAUAUUGCGAUGACGAAUACCCCGAUGAGGUUGGUGAGCCUUCAGCUGCGUGUACUGAUCCUUCUGCUUCUUCAAGAUCACACGAACCACAUAUUGCUGCGUGUACUGAUUCUUCUGCUUCUUCAAGAUCACACGAACCACAUAUUGGUGACUAUGGCGAGCAAGAUGCCGUUCUCCUGAAGAAGAGAUCACCAGUGCAUCCGAGGACGGUGCACGGUCAGGAGAGGCCGUAUAAGCAUGUAUAUUGCGAUGACGAAUACCCCGAUGAGCAGACGCAGUCCUGGUUCACGUUACUAACGUGGGAACUUGUACAAGUUCAAAUUGCGAUGACGAAUACCCCGAUGAUGUUGGUGAGCCUUCAGCUGCGUGUACUGAUCCUUCUGCUUCCUGAAGAACACACGAACCACAUAUUGGUGACUAUGGCGACCAAGAUGCCGUUCUCCUAA